AUGCCAAAAGUAAAAACUCGCAAGUCACUUCAUUAUGUCUCGAAUGUUUCCAAUAGGAAAUUUGCAGUAUCUGCCGAGAAAGUUGAAAAUGUUGUAGUUGGAUCGGCUCUUAAUGAGGAAUCGAAUUCAAACGAAAAAUCCCUUCCAGAAAUACCGCACACCAAAAAAGAAAGAGCAAAAGAACGGCAUAAUAAAUGGAUAGAAAAAUUCGAUCCUACAAAAAAAUCCACCCGGAAAUCCAAGAAGAAAAAAAAAUCACGACAAAUGGAUAUUUGUGAAGAGCAAACAACAUUAAAUAUUUCCGAGUUAAAAGAAUUUCUUCCUGAUAUUAACAAAGAAUUUGGAUCCAUAAAUCAAAAUACACUAAAGAAAUCCAAUUCACAUAUAGGAUUAAACAUGAAGCCAGUAAAAUCAAAAUCGACGCGAAAGAAUAUUGCGAAGAGUGAGAUUCAAAGAUUUCAUCAAGUAUUACAACAUUCCGCAUUUAAGGCUGACCCGUUAUCAACUAUUAAACAACAUGUUGAAAAUACUAUUGAGAAGAAACAAGUUAUUGAUGAUAAAUCUAUGAAAACUGAUUAA